AUGGAGCUGCUACCAAUCUUGCUACUUGCUAAUUUUAUUCAACUCGCGAGCUUUUCACAUUCACCUUGCGUGAUAGAGUUGGAAUGUGCGGAGUGUCUGCCGGACAACAUGCCGCUGGUGACGUCACACCGCGCCGCCAACGGCUCGCUGCGGCUGGCGGACGGCGCCGCGCUGCAGCUGUCGUGCGGCGCGGGCCGCUUCCUCGCCGCGCCCACCCACGCCGCGCUCGCCGCGCACUGCCGCGCCGGCCGCUACGCCGCGCUCGGCCGCCUGCUCCACCUGCGCGAGCUCGGCUGCCAGCAGAGCAUCUUUGAAGACGUGCUCCACCAGGUAGACGACUGUGGAAAUUUGCAAGGUCGAGCGUAUCUGAUGCAUGAAACGGAUGGACAGGCGCGUCAUCUAGCGACCGCUUGCUUCGACGCGGACCGCGGCGUGGCCGUACGCCUGCAGACGGCGGCGGCCGGGCCGGCGGGGCCCGUGGAGUCCGCGGAGCCGGCGCACUCGCACGCGUCGGCGCCGCGCAGCCUGCUCGGCAACUUCAACCAGAUGUUCGACGCGGCCACUCGACAGGCGGCCGAGCGCCUCUACUCCGAUGACGUCCGUCUGAAUCGGCGUCUGCACGAACUGCUCCGACACGAUCACUACACGUUCGCCGAUCAGACGCUCACCUCGGGCAAGUUGUUGAGCAGUCGUUAUUUCGAUGACCAGUUCAUGAGAGUUACCGAUUUCGUUUCCAACAAAGUGGCAGUGUGGAGCAGCGUAGCCAAGGGCAACCUGCACCACUUGCACCAGGACGUGGCCCGCUUCGUGGAGUCUAGGCGCGGCCAGGAGGAAGUGGAAGUGUUGGCUGGCACGCACGGAGUGCUAUCGUUGCGCACGGACGGCGCUGGGACGGCCGGGACGCGCACGGAUGGCGCUGGGACGGCCGGGGCGCGCACGGACGGGGCUGGGACGGCCGGGGCGCGCACGGAAGGGGCUGGGACGGCCGGGGCGCGCACGGAGCUGUACCUGAUGGCGGGCGAGCGGUUCCCGGUGCCGCGCUACGUGUGGACGGUGGUACACGCGCGCCGCUCGCGCCGUGCGGUGGCGCUGGUGGUGCUGAACGACCCGUUCGUGGCCGUGAGCGAGAUCCGCGCGGCGGUGUUCUGCGCGAGCGCGUGCAGCGAGGUGGGCUGGCUGCGGGCCCUGCGCGCGCAGCGGCGCUACGAGAGCGCGGUGUACGGGCUCGUGUUCUGCUGCAGCCUGCGGGACCUCGCCGCGCACGUGGCCGGCCUGCCCGCGCGCCUCGCGACCGACAUGCCAUUGCUCACCUAA